UACGGCAUGUUUGGCAACAAUAUAAACUGAAUCAACAAAAUAAUUGGAAACGGAGCAUAAACAACACAACACGUCUCCUCUUAAUUGGGCGAAGGCAUUGCAUGAUUUAGAAGCGGAAGGGGGUGAUGGAGUGGGUGGCGAAUCGGUGGACGGGGGUGGCCGCAGCGAUAUGGAUCCAGUGGAGCUGCGGUGCAUCGUACACCUUCAGCAUCUACUCCCCUGUGCUCAAGUCCACGCAAGGCUACGAUCAAUCCACUCUCGACACCGUCUCUGUCUUCAAAGACAUUGGUGCCAACUUCGGCGUCCUCUCGGGGCUCCUUUACUCCGCCGUUACCCCUUACAACCCCCCUGCCGGCGUCCCCGGCUCGCCGUCUAAGUCUAAAUGGGCCUCUCUUGGUGGGCCCUGGGUGGUCGUCGCCGUUGGGGCCGUCCAGUGCUUUGUGGGCUUCAUCUUCAUAUGGGCCUCCGUCGUGGGCCUGAUUAGCCCGCCGCCUGUGCCCGUUAUGUGCUUUUUCGCGUGGCUCGCCUCUAACGGUCAGACCUUCUUGAACACCACGAAUGUCGUUACCGGUUUGCGCAAUUUUCCCCAGUAUAGCGGUACCAUCAUUGGCAUCAUGAAGGGCUUUCUUGGACUCAGUGGAGCUAUCCUGAUCCAAAUCUACCAUACCUUUUGUGAUGGGGACCCAACAACCUACCUUCUUAUGCUUGCUUGCUUGCCUGCAUUCAUAUGUUUAUUGCUUAUGUUUUUACUGAGAAUUUAUGAAGUGCACGGUGGUGAUUACAAGAAGCAUCUAGAUGGGUUCUCUGUGGUCACUGUGAUUAUUGUUGCUUAUCUCAUGUUCAUAAUAAUUUUACAGAACUUCAUUAGUUUGUCAUAUUGGGCACGGAUGUUCAUAUUUGUAAUCCUUAUCUUUCUGCUAGCGUCACCUUUUGGUAUUGCUACCAAAGCUCAUUGGGAGGAGUCGCGGAAAUUUGCACAAUCGGAUACCAUUGAGAGGGCUCCUUCAGCAAACAAGGCCACUUCCUCCAAAUAUUCUCCAUCAGGGGAUGAAGUGGAAUACCAAGAGCUACCUAGUGAAGAGGGGCAGAUACAGGUGACUUCAGAUGACACAUUGCCCCAUGAAGAAGAAAAGAACCUCUUGCUAGCUAUGUGUACAGUUGAAUUUUGGAUGUUGUUUGUGACCAUGAUAUCAGGGUUGGGCUCUGGGCUGGCAACAAUAAAUAAUAUGAGCCAAAUAGGGCAAUCUCUUGGCUAUAGUACUAUUGAGAUUAAUAAUAUGGUGUCACUGUGGAGUAUGUGGAAUUUUCUUGGCCGCUUUGGAGGUGGUCAUGUAUCGGAUUAUAUUAUGCACAGAAAAGGUUGGCCGAGGCCCCUGUUGAUGACUGCAACUCUGGGGACAAUGAUUAUUGGGCAUUUAAUUAUAGCUUCUGGUUUUCAUGGAAAUUUGUAUCUUGGUCCUGUCCUAGUGGGCAUCUGCUAUGGUGCACAUUGGUCCUUGAUGCCUACAAUCACUUCUGAGAUAUUUGGUGUAAAGCAUAUGGGUACCAUUUUCAACACUAUUGCAGCUGCGAGUCCAUUUGGAUCUUAUAUACUUUCUGUGAGAGUUGUGGGAUAUAUAUAUGACAUGCAAGCCGAUGAAGAUGAUAACACAUGCUUUGGAAUCCACUGUUUCAUGUCUUCGUUUUUUAUCCUAGCAGGUGUGGCUUUUCUUGCAUUUUUGGUUGGUCUGGCAUUAUACUUCCGGACCCGAAGGUUCUAUAAGAUAGUUGUGCUUAGAAGAUUAAAACAUUAUGCAAGAAGAUGAAGAUUAUAUUUACGAGCAUUUCAACACAAGGUAAAGGCUGAGGAAACCAGUGUUGUUUUCUCUGUUUUGUUUGGCAUAAAUAUAAUUAAUGCAAUAUUCUAGAGUUUAUCUAUGCAGCUAAUUUGAAUUAUGCAUUUUACUUGCUGUGUAUAUACAGAAUAAUCAAAUAAAUGUAAUCUACUGUUCAUUCAAUUGUCAUCACCGUUGUCUUAGAUUGUGAGCAUAGCUUCCCACUUUUCAGAAGCCAUUUCUUUUCUACAGUUAUUUAUUCAUUUCCUUCCCAAUUGGUUGGUGAUAGAAAAAGAGAGUGGGUUGGAAAAUGUUGGGCCAAGGUAAAUAAUGUAUUUACAAGGGAGCAAUAAGAAUGGUGCUCGGGGUAAAGAGGAAACAACAGUGUGAGUGUGUAAAAGAAUUUACCCUUGGCAGCAAGGUAUUGGAGAGGAGAACUGUGCAAUGAUGGGUGAGUAAAGGAAACAUUGAAUGUAGAAGCAGUGGGAAAUAGCGAAAGGGCAUAACAUGAAUGUAGAAUCUUCAUUCUAGAUGGUGGCCUAGAACUGGGAAAGCAGGCUCUUUAUAUCAAUUUUGAUUGUUAUCCCUUAUUUCUGCAUUUUUUAUAUUUCUUCUAUUUUAGUUUGUGUUUCCUUUUGUUGAGAAUUACCUUUUACCUUGCAAAGGAGAUUUCCUCCUUGAUUUCUAUUAUAUUAUCAAUAUUAAUACUUGCACCUAUCAAGUUAGUAUCAAAGAUUUCAAUCCUGGGGAGCCUCUAGAUGGUAUUGGCACACUUGGAGGGAAGCUUGGAAACUAUUGAGUGGAGGAUGGACUGAAUUCCUGACCUGUCGAGGUGCAAAGUGAGGAAAGGGUGUAACAUUUUAAAUAGUACUCAAUCAAUCAGAUAUAUAGGUGAAGCAUGUGGCGAAGACGGUGGUUUGUUUGGAAAGAAGGUUAUUGAAUUGGUUCCCCUCCAGGUGUGAGAACUGCAAAUGCGUCAUGAUGAAGCUGGGGUUCCACCAUGAAGGGGAGGUUUCAGUUUGAUUUGUCAGACAGCAUAUGCGAUGUUAAUGGAAUUGUGAUACAGUAGGUCAAUCAUGGAGUAUCACAAGACAUAAGCAAUUUGAACUCCUUUCAGCUAAGUUGUGUUAUGCUGAUCAGGAUUGAAAUUGGAUGCUUGGUCGAUUACUUUGGUAUUUAACAUGGGUCAACAAAUAACAGGCCUGUUGAAAAGGAGGAAGAAAUUUCUGCUAUUAUGUUGUUGGUGGUUAUGAAGAAGAUUGAGAAGGGAGAUGAAAGUAGUGGUGGAGGUGAGGAUCUGUAUGGGGCAGAUCAGAACACCCAGAGAACAGAUCAUGGAUCUAAGUUGGAGAUGGUCUCUGUCCCAUGAUGCAGCAUGUCUGUAUGGGUGAAGAUGUGCGAGUUGUCCAGUUCUGGGUUGAUAGAAGUAUUGAGUUCUGGUCACUUGCUUAGUUAGGCCAACAAACAUGAGAAGCAAGGAUGUUGGUAAGAAUGAGUCGCCAGAAACAGGUGGCAGCAGAGGGAUCAAUGGACACUGCAAAGGUGUGGGGCUUAGUGUCCAGAAGGCCAAUGGCUUAGGAAGCGGUGGACGUGUGUUGUGGGAGAGGUGGUCAAAGUUGUGAUGGGUGUUGAACGUUCACAUCUUCAGCCUUGAAAGCACAAAGCAGAAAAGUGAAGCAGCUGCAUAAGUUGUGGGGAAGCAAAUGGUUUCACACUUUCACCCAGAUGUGCAUUUCCCAGAGGGAGAAGAUGGAUGUGUCAAUUGGGAUGCUUCUUGGAUCUUGAAGGCAGAUAGAGGAGGUGAACCUGCAGUUGUGUUUUGUAGAUCAUUUGAAAUGAGAUUCUGGUCUUACCUUCUUUUUAUCAUUAUUAUUUGUUAUCGUUCAUUUCUGGACAUGUUAUUUGCUUGUUAGUAUUAGUAUUCUCUACUUUCUUGAUUAAAGAUAGGAGAAAUACUUCCAUUCUAUUUUGUUAAAGAAUUACGCCAAAAUCACUCUGAAAGUUAAGAACUUGUACAAUUAAAUCACAUGAAGAGGUUUUUUCAUGUUGUUGUAGCAUGCUACUAUCUGUAUGUGAUGAAGUUUUUGAGCAGUGGAGUGUAAGGAGGAAGCACAAUACCAUGAUAAGUAUUCCUCACAAUUUAUGGUUGGUAAACUUUGGACGGUUGUCGGACAGAACAGGAAAUCUCAAACUGCAAGCUUUACAUAUUGGGGGAGGUAUUGAUUUGUUUCAGGUUUUUGUUUGUAUACUAGGUAAACUAGUUUGGAAGAGGUUGUUAAUUUUUUACUUUUUAUAAGUCAUGCAUUAUGAUGAUUAAUUUGCUUUGUAUUUCAUAUAUACCUUUGCUGCAACCUCGAGAAAUAUGCAAAUUGUGACAGUAGUUGGCAAAAUAACGAGGUACCUUUAUUGAGGUCUACCCUACCUCCCCAUUUGGAUGAUAUUACCUUGGGAAUUGUUUGGAAAGGGAGAGAGCAAAAUUUUUAUUUUAAUAAAUAUAUUUUAAUUUGAGAAUUUUUUAAAAUUAAAGAUUUCAAGUGAUAAAUUAGCAUAAAUAUAAUAUAUUAAUCAUUUAUUUAUUAUCAUAGAUUUAAAAAUAACUCUAGUUAUGAAAAUUAUUUAUAAAUUUAAUCAUAAUUUUAUUUUUUAAUUUAAAAAUAAAAAAAUUUCCUCCCAUCCUUUCCAAAAACUUCCUCUCUAACACCCCCUUAAUAGUAUCAACUCCUGUUAACCCUUUUAAACCUGCUGUUGGGUUUUAAAAUGAUUUUACUUAGUUGAGCGCCACAGACUAAAUCAAGCAUGCUUCUAUUUUUAAUGAGAUUUUGAUUUGAUCACAGUAUUGUUUUGUCAAUUAUUAUUUUUUCCAUACUAUCAUUAUCAAUGUAUUAAUUUGAUGCAUGAUUAGUAUUGCCUGCACAUAAAACUUUCUCAAAUAACUUGCCUGACGGAUUAGCACUCCCUGUUGUGUACGAUUCUUUCUUUCUUUCCCUUGAUUCUACAUUUUCUUAUGUUAGAUCGUGCACAAAAUUUGUUUGUAAUACAGUCUAUUAGAUAGAUAGAUAUAGAUAUAUUUCAAAUCACAAGUUUUCUAUUUCAGUAUAAUUAGCUCAGAUUAAAGUGCUGGGCAUGGAGAAAGCUAGGCGCCGUUGCUUUAUUGUUCAUCCUAAAAGUUUUACUUUAUACAAUGAAUGAUCCCAAUGCUAUCUUGCUUCCUUGAGAAUAUGUGAUUUGCUACAGGUGUUUUGCACUUGAUACCUUCUUUAAUCAGCCUGACUCCACGUCCCUCUGUUUCCUUUUUGUUUGCGGGAAGGUCUGUGCACACUUUCAAGUUCCUAAUAUGUACUACUGAUGACAUAUGUUUUGGACCCUAGUCUUAUAAUGCUUAUACUUUUUUCCAAACAAUUGUCAAAGAUUAUAUUAUUAAAAAUUCUCAUGUAUUACAUAUUGGUAAUGUAAUGUGUUUGAGACUGUAUUUUGGUGAAUAGUAGUGUUCCAUUUAAUAUAUAUUAGUUAUGCAUGUGUUGGUACAUAAUGCACUUUCUACAAUUUGAGUUUUUAAGGCUAUAGCAAAGAUUUUUGCUCUGAGUGAGA